AGCCUUUAUAAAUUGAAGAGAUUGUUAUAAACAAGAUGCAGAUACCAAAGAACUUUGCACAGAAGCAGUUGUGUGUCUACUCACUGUUCUUAUUGUAAUAGAAAGAAGUGUGAACGUCAUUAGGUAUUUUAAUGUAAAUAAAAGAGAUGAUGGACUAUUCAAGAAGUGGGAACAUGAGCGACAUGGAGCGCGGCGAGGGCAUACAGGUGGUGAAGCUGGGCGAGCGCGAGGGCGCGGCGCGGUACGAGCUGGACGAGGGGGCGCUGCGCCGCGUGCUGCUGCGCGAGGACGUGCGCGGCCUGCCCGUGGUGGUGGUCAGCGUCGCCGGCGCCUACCGCGGCGGCAAGUCCUUCAUUCUCGACUUCUUCCUCAGAUACCUCAACGCGCCUCGCGAGAGUCAGGUGAAUGGCGAUUGGAUGGGGAGCGAGGACGAGCCACUGAGAGGGUUUCACUGGCGAGGUGGCGAUGAUCGGGACACCACCGGUAUCAACCUGUGGUCGAAACCUUUCAUCAGCACCCUGCCCACUGGUGAAAGGGUAGCUGUGCUGCUGAUGGACACACAGGGCACCUUCGACUCGGAGACGACUAUUGGCCAGAACUCGACAAUCUUCGCGCUGUCCACGCUCAUAUCGUCCGUGCAGAUCUAUAACCUGUCCGGCAACAUCAAGGAGGAUGAUCUGCAGCACUUGCAGCUGUUCACGGAGUACGGUAGACUCGCGUGCGACACUGACUCCAAAGCGUUCCAGACUCUACUGUUCCUCGUCAGAGAUUGGCCCAAUGCAUUUGAACACUCUUAUGGAUUCCAAGGCGGGUCCACGCUACUCAACAAAAGGCUACAAACGACCCCGAAACAAAAGCCAGAGUUACGAGAAGUACGGGAGCACAUAAGGUCGUGUUUCGAUAAGAUGCUUUGUUGCCUGAUGCCGCACCCGGGCCUUACUGUAAACAACCAAUUCUUCGCCGGUUGUGUGCGAGAAUUGACACCAGAUUUCCGAAAAACUCUUUUGGAGUUGGUUCCUUCCCUGUUCGAAACGACACGGCUCGUUCCAAAGAUGGUAACAGGCCAGCGUAUCCAAUGUCAAGAUUUAUUUGAUUACUUUCAAAAGUACUUGAAUAUCUUUAACAGCGAUGAUUUACCCGAAGCAGUCACCAUUUUAAAGGCGACGGCAGACGCGUGCCUGCUGGCGGCGACGCGCGAGGCGCGCGAGCUGUACUCGCAGCUCAUGGCGGCGCGCGUGCGCGACAACUUCAGUGUCAGCAACGCCACGCUCACUGCCUGGCACGAGGAAGCGCGGGACAAAGCCCUGAAACGCUUCACAGAGAAGAAGAAACUUGCCGCACAGGCCGACGUCGAUGCUCACCUUGAAGCACUCAAAAUGGAAUUAGAUGCUUGUCAGGCACAACACAAUCGGGACAAUGAGUUUAAGGUUCAAGACACUAUGUCCCUCGCUAAGAUUGCCUACGAGGCGGCGGUGAGCCGCGUGUCCGCGGAGCACGCGCGGCUGUGCCUGCACCCGCGGGACCUGGACGAGCUGCACGCUGAUGCACUGCGACAGGCACUAGAAAUCUUCAGUGCCUCCAGAGACGUAUCCCAAGACGAAGAAGAUAUCAAAAAAACUGAUCUACUAAACACUUUAGAGCAGCUUCAUGAGAAUUUGUCGGUGAUCAGUAAUCGGAAUAACUUAAGCGCUGUGUGGGAGGCGCGGGACACCUACGUGAGACGAAUGAGGAUGGACAUGGACCAGACGGGCGUGAGCUCGGAGCGACUGAUCGCGCAGCACGAAGACGCAGUGCAACUGGCCAAAACCGCGUUCUACAACAUGAGGAGCCGCCCCACUCAGCAUGCAAAUGACGCGUUCAUGGACCGUCUUUUACAAGAAAUCACCACCUGCUUUGCGGAUAUGGAAAAAUCGAAUAAUUACAGCAACAUGGUGGCGAUGCAGGCGGCUGAACACGCGUACAACAACUACAUAACGCGGGCGUGGGGCCCGCAGACGUGCUGCUUCCACCCGCGCGCGCUGGAGGACUUGCACAACAAAGCUGUCACUGAAGUGACGUCUGAGAUCCUCGCCAAACGACCUGAGCGCGAUACAACAGAAUUUAAGGCCGCAUUAAACGAGAUUUUUACAAAACGUUACAACGAAUUGAAAAACGUUAACGUAUACAACAACGAGCAAGCAGUGGUUUAUGCACUACUAGUGUAUGAAUCAAAGAGGAAAUACGUUAGGACGGAAAGUCAAUCGAUUUUUGGUCUUAUAACCACUUCCAUAGACAGAUGGAUGACGAAACAUGAAGAUGCCAAACGUGCUGCCAUUACUGAAUUUAAGACCAGGCGGCGCGGGGCUGAUUACGAUCCUGAUCAAUUUUACGAUGAUCUUUUAAAGAAAAUUGAGAGAGCGAAGUAAGUAAAUCAUUGAUUUGCGUGAAGCACGAUAUUGGCAUUACUACAGCAGUUCAACGUGUUUCGCAAGUAAAAACAUACCGAGCAAUUUUUUUUCAUUUUGUCAAAAUAAGUAAGAAAUUCACAUUUUUAUAUACCUAAUUAUGUACCGAAAAUGUAAAUUAUUUUUUGUUAAAUAAACUAUUCACUGGUAAUUUUUA